UAAGGUAUGCACACCUGUUACAUCUUAACAUGGGUGACUUUAGAGACAAGAAUGGUUCAGUAAGUUAUGAUGAUACAGUUUUAACGGCUGUGCCUACUAGAGAGGAGGACGUCACGGUGGCAUUUCAUAAAGUUGACAAAGAUGGUGACGCUACAGAAGACUUAAUUCUGUUGAAAAGUAAUUCUGAAGUACCCAACGACGAUGGUGAAGGAACAAAGAUUUCACAAAAAUCAAGUAAUACGAGAAAAGGCACCUUCGGUCGAGGUUGUCUGUGUUGCGGAAAAGAACACGGAGAAAUUGAGAUGGGUGACGCAAGGGGAGAUUCCCCACAAAGAGCGGAGAAGAGGCCUCCAUGUCCUGGACUCGGCCUAAUGUAUGCCCUGCUGUCAUGUGUAUUUUUCUCCUCUGCCUCUCUACUCGUGAAGAAAGUAGAGGGUAUCCAUGCCAUUGAAAUCAGUGCAAUAAGAUGUUUUUUCCAGAUUCUUUUUGUUAUGCCUGCAAUGAUAUACCACAAAACUGGUUUUUUGGGACCAAGAGAACUGCGCAUCUAUUUGUUUCUGAGAGGAUUCCUUGGAUGUAAUGCGAUGAUCCUCUUAUAUUAUGCUGUGCUGCAGAUGCCUUUGGCAGAUGCUACUGUCAUCAUGUUCAGCAAUCCAGUCUUCACUGCUUUGCUGGCCUGGAUUUUCCUCAAAGAAAGAUGUACAAUAUGGGAUCUUUUCUUCACUAUGUUCACACUUACAGGUGUCAUAUUAAUUGCCAGGCCCCCGUUCCUCUUUGGUUAUGACGUUUCAGGAAUAGAGGGGGAUUACAGCAAUCACAUCAAAGGCACGGCUGCAGCGUUUGCUGGGGCAGUAGGGGCAGCGUGCACAAUGGUUGUUCUAAGGAAACUGGGGAAAAGCGUUCACUAUUUUCUCUCUGUGUGGUACUAUGCUGUCAUAGGUCUAAUCGAGUGCGUCAUUACUUUAUUCAUCCUCAACGAGUGGACACUUCCAAAUUGUGGCUGGGAUAGGUUUAAUCUAAUGGCCAUCGGACUCCUUGGCAUAGGUGGUCAAACAUUCCUUACCAAAGCACUCCAGAUUGAGAAAGCAGGUCCUGUUGCACUAAUGAGGACUAUGGAUGUAGUGCUGGCCUUCAUCCUUCAGUUCCUCUUCCUUAACCGAAAACCAACGUGGUGGAGUCUUGGUGGGGCAUUGUGUGUUGUCAGUAGCACAAGUGGAGUUGCACUAAGAAAGUGGUACAAUAGUACCAGAAACAGCAGCUGAUUGUUAAAGAUUCAUCUGCGUAUUGCAGAAAAGACACAUCGUUGCACAUUAGUGGUUAGACCUCUUAAUGUAAAGUGUGUUUACCAAAGAUUAAGUAUAUAUUUAUGAGGUUACUGACAAUUUUUCACCAUAGACGACUGGCCUUUUUCAGACUGAGUCUACAUAGUCUGUUCUUCUACAACCUAAGACCUACCAGCCAAGGCUCCAAAGUUGUAUUUUUUUUUAAUAACUGCAAUAAAGCGAAUCCGUUUUAUUUAGAAAACUUAAUUAUAGUUUACUGCUGGACAGAAUUUUAUUUUGUUGUAGACGCUGAGUCAGUGAGUGUGUGCAAUGUUGAUGCAAAUAGCAGAAGUUUGCACAUUUCCAUUGUUAGUUAUAUAGAUGGCAUUUUAUUAAAUCUGAAGUAGAGACUUGAAAUGAUUUGCUGCUUCAAAAAUAAUUUCAUAGCAGAUACAAGAUAUUGUUUCCUCCACUACUGAAUUGUGAUGACGGAUCCGUUGAACAUAAAUUCGUCCCGGUGUUUGUCUUUUUUAGCCAAAUUGUGUGGCACGUUACAGGGCGAUUCUACUUGACGUCAUCCCCUGCAAACCAAGUGCUCUUUCGUACGGCCACAAAAUUUGUGAACCUUUGAGUUGGACUUUUUCCUGGCAUAUCAUGAACUUAUGUAAUGCCGCCCCAUAAAUAUUUGCACGACAAA